CUAGCAUCUCAAUAAAGACAAGAAUGUUAUUUAAAAAUCUAAUCUUGAAGAGCGAAGCGAGAGAGAGAGAGAGAGUGGGUGUGUGUUCAGACAGAUGGAUCUAGUCUGUGACUGAGAGGAACGCUCCACGCACGUGUUCUACCGCUCUGUUUUUAGUCUCUUCCUAUUUUUAGCUGUUAAUUUUAGCCCCUUAACUUCUCCUCGUAUUUCAACUCUGUAAAUUUCCUGUGAAAAAGAAAGUUCUUCUUGGGCGAUUGCUUCAAUUCACCAGAGAUUGUUGGAAGGUUUCUGUUUUGACUCAUCAUCUCUCUGGUGUUUCGUCAACGCCACCCGGCUCGUGCUACAGUAAUCUCCUCUUGAUCAUGGGGUUAGCUCGUGAUUAGUGCUUAAGUUGGUAUCAGCCCCUGUGGUUGCUUUCCCGUAUUGAAUUCGAUUUUGCUCCUAUGGAGGAUGCUAAAAUUGCUGAUGAGAUGCCUUCACAAGAGCUGUCUCCACCUACCCAGAAUGGGAACCAUUCUGAGAAGGAAUCUAAAGUACAACAAGAUACUGAUGAAGGCACAGCUACUGAACAUAGCCAACUUCCAACGGUGGCCCCUGCUUCAACCCUGGUGGUUGGAGUUGAUGAUGCCAAGCAUGAUCACCAUCGCACUGAGCAAGGAAGUCAAGAUUUAAAAGAUGUGCCCGAUGGUGCUCCCAAAAGUUCACCCUCUGGAGAAAACCAACUUCAGAUAGAGGGCACUUCAACAUCACCACUUAUGGCUGAUGAUACCAAGGAUAACCGACCACCUACUGUCAGAGAGGAAACCCAAGUAAAGGAUUUCUCUGGCGAGCAGUCAUCUCGAGAUACUGAUCCUGUCGGGAGUCUGCAAAUUCAGAUGGAUGGUAUGAUGUUGCGUUCUGCUCCCUUGUCUGAAGUUAAAGUUCCAAUGUAUGAUAAUAAAGCUACGAAAAGCGACAAGCUUUCUCAGUCCCCUGCCAUUGUUAAAACAGCUGCUGUUGGAUCGCCAAAGGUCCUUGAUCCUUCGAGAAAAGCUAAUCAGGCAGAAAAAGACCGAGGGCUUAUUGAUACAGCAGCACCUUUUGAAUCUGUAAAGCAAGCUGUUUCCAAAUUCGGUGGAAUUGUUGAUUGGAAAGCUCAUAAAGUCCAAACUGUGGAGAGGCGCAAGCUUGUGGAACAGGAACUCGAGAAGGCACAAGAGGAAAUCCCCGAGUAUAGGAGGCGGUCGGAGGCAGCAGAAGAGAAAAAGAUGCAAGUACUAAAGGAGCUAGACAGUACGAAGAGACUCAUCGAAGAAUUGAAGCUUAAUCUGGAGAGGGCGCAGACAGAAGAGCAGCAAGCGAAACAGGACUCCGAACUUGCGAGGCUUAGAGUUGAAGAAAUGGAGCAAGGGAUUGCUGAUGAGGCUAGUGUCGCUACGAAGGCACAACUUGAGGUUGCUAGGGCCAGGCAUACAGCCGCAAUCUCCGAGCUCAAAUCCGUUAAAGAAGAAUUAGACGCACUACGCAAGGAAUACGCUUCGUUGGUGACCGACAAAGACGAAGCAGUGAAGAAAGCUAAAGAGGCUGUAGCUGCAUCAAAGGAAGUUGAGAAGACAGUGGAGGAACUAACUAUUGAGCUUAUUUCUAUGAAGGAGUCUCUGGAAUCAGCUCAAGCAGCGCAUUUAGAGGCAGAGGAACAUAGAAUUGGAGCAGCUAUGGCCAGAGAGCAGGAUUCUUUAAAUUGGGAGAAGGAAUUGAAGCAGGCAGAGGAAGAGCUCCAGAAACUUAACCAGCAAAUCCAGUUGUCUAAGGAUCUAAAGUCAAAGCUAGACAGUGCUUCAGCAUUGCUGCUUGAUUUAAAAGCUGAAUUGGCAUCUUAUAUGGAGUUGAAAAUGCAGCAGGAAACUGAUGAAGAAUUGAGCUUGAAGGGUGAAACAGAAGAUUCAAAGGAGAAAACUCAUGCUGACCUUCAGGAGGCAGUUUCUUCAGCAAAAAAAGAACUCGAGGAAGUGAAGCUUAACAUAGAAAAAGCGACAGAAGAAGUAAAUUUCUUGAAGGUUGCUGCCACAUCGUUAAAGGCAGAUCUGGAGAGAGAGAAAUCUGAUCUUGCCACCAUUAUACAGAGAGAAGGCAUGGCGUCGAUUGCUGUUGCAUCCCUUGAAGCUGACCUGGACAAAACUCGAUCUGAAAUUGCUCUAGUUCAGAUGAAGGAGAAAGAAGCAAAAGAGAAAAUGGCCGACCUGCCUAAACAUUUGCAACAAGCUGCACAAGAUGCUGACCAGGCCAAGUCUCUUGCCCAAGUGGCUCGUGAAGAGUUGCGGAAAGCUAAGGAAGAAGCCGAGCAGGCGAAGGCUGCCGCUAUUACAGUGGAGAGCCGGUUGCUCGCUGCUAAAAAGGAAACCGAGGCUGCCAAGGCUUCCGAAAAGCUGGCUUUAGCAGCCAUCAAGGCAUUGCAAGAGAGUGAAUCAACUCAAAGCACUGACGACCUGGAUUCUUCCUGUAGUGUAACACUUUCUCUAGAGGAGUAUUACGACCUCAGCAAACGGGCUCAUGAGGCGGAGGAGCAGGCUGCCGUGAGGGUGGCAGAAGCCGUUUCCCAAAUUGAGGCGGCCAAGGAGUCUGAGUUGAGGAGCUUGGAAAAGUUGGAAGAGGCAAACAGGGAGGUGGAUAUGAGAAAAGAGGCAUUGAGAAAUGCAAUGGAGAAGGCUGAGAAGGCCAAGGAAGGGAAGUUGGGAGUUGAGCAGCAGUUGAGGAAGUGGAGGGCCGAGCAUGAGCAGCGACGAAAGGCCAGUGAAUCUAAUCAUGGGCCAACAGCUCCCAACAGGGCCCCUGAGAGAAGCUUUGAGGAGAGGAAAGAAUCUGAUAGUCUUGUCAAAGUACCAGAUAUGGCUGCUGUACCUGCAGGUUACUUGUCGAGCCAAAAGUCGUAUGUACUUGAAAGUAACAGCGGAAUCGUAUCAUCACCUGAUGUGAAGAUCGUCAAAAAGAAAAAGAGGUCUUUGUUUCCAAGAAUUCUGAUGUUCUUGGGCAGAAGAAAGGGGCAUUCAUCCAGGUCGUCAUAGUUUUUUCUCUGAACCAGGUUGUGUUCUCUCCUGCUCUUCUUGUGACUUCUAGCCUCUGCUGUUUCGAGCAUUUUUGUCUGGUGUAUGACCACAGAAGUCCUCAAACUUUUCUGCCACAGAUUUAUACCAAUGUAUAUGUCAGAGAUUGUUUUGUGUACUUACACUGAUUAUGUAAGUUUUUCUUCAUUGUGUAACAUUUAUGGGAAGUUGGCUUUUGGAAGAGGGUAAUAAUGGCUGUUGUUGUUGAGGUUGAUAACUUGGCUUCUGUAAUGUAUAUCUUUGCUUUGUGAAUACCGUUGCGUGGAUGACUUGUAAGUUUGGUAAGAUGAGAAAGAAGGGGAUUUCUAUAUGCUUGUAUUGGAUGAAGCCAAUUGUAAUGUUAUCCUGGAUG